UACGAACAGACAUAAUGAUGGAUGAAAAUGUUUCUUAUCAAUUUGCACCGGUGCGACAACGUAGGGAAAAUAGGCAGGACAUUCAAUAUGAAUUAAUUCUUCGUCAACAACCAAAGCAAUCAAGGAUGUGUGGUAUCGGUGAAAAAGCUGACAGACGACCAAUUGAUCCACCUCCAAUAAUUCAGUUAAAAGUUCAUGAUCCUACCCUGCCACAAGCCGAGAAAAGUUCAUUCCUUCAGAAUCCUUAUUUUUUUAUGUAUGCAUCUUUAAUGGCUCCUGACACAAACGAAGAAUUACACUUACUCCGAGAUGGCAAGACACGCUCUACAACCGGUUCUGUUGUUUCUUCUUUAUAUCAUCUUAAAGAUAUUGAUAACUCGGAUGCUGGAUUUUUCGUAUUUCCCGAUUUAUCUGUACAAUCUACGUUUCUAUCAAGGUCUUUUGCUGAUCAAGGAUUAAAAAUCAGAAUAAGAAAAGAAAUUAGGAUACGAAGGCGAUUAGCUAAAAGAAAAGAAUUAGAGCCGAUAGAGAGUGCUGAUGCCAAUAGGAUGAAACGUUCGCGUGAUAACAGAUUUGAAAAUGAUAGCCAUGAAUCUUCUGACUUAGAGAUAACAGACCAUACUCAUUCUACGGAUGAGAUACAUUCUAAAAGAACCUCUGAUUUAACUGAAAGACGAAAAGACCAUUCAAGUAAAAGUCCAUCUUCAUCCUAUCUUCGAGGUCCAUAUGAUCAUCUACCUCACAUCGGUCCUUAUGAGCAUAAUGCUCCUUUGUAUGGACCUGGGUAUCCUCCACAUAGACCUAUUCCGUGGCAUGACCGUCCAGAGUAUAUGAGUGAUCCACAUUAUCCCCCUUAUUAUGAUCUAUAUGACAGAAGAUAUAGUUAUCAUCCUUAUUAUUACCCCCCACCGUUACCAGACAGUGCGGAUCAUCAUCGUUAUCCAUAUCCUCAUCCACCAACUUAUGGCAGGCCUCCAAUUUAUCCAAGUCAACCUGGAUAUUAUGAUACACCACAAAGGAUAUCUCAUUCCUCAAAUGAAUCUUCGAGUUCUUCUAGACCUUAUGGAUAUGACAUAUCAAAUUCUUAUCCUCCUCCACGUCCAUGGUCACAUUAUGGUGAACGCCCAUCUCCGAGAGAUCAUAAUUCUGAAUCAUCAUCAUCGCCUUAUCGGAGUGGCUUACUUCCUAUACCACCAUCACGUCAUUCAAUGUAUUCAUAUCCUGAAUAUUAUCAUUCGUAUCCACCUCCACCACCAAAACAAGAUUACGUUCAAAGUGAUCCUGUCUCAAAUCAAACUGGUCCUGCUAAAAUUCCUAUCCAAGAUCUUUUAUCUACUGAACGGCAACAACUACAGCCUAAUACCGAACGUGCUGCAAGCGGUGUCCCUUCUUCUCGUGCAUACG